GGUUAGCCGGGUGGGGGCGGGAAUAGUUCCGGCAGAAGGGGCAACAACGAUGUCCCAGGCUACUUUGGCUUAGUGCUGCCGCUCGGUGACGUAUGUGCCAACGGACAAACGAAAAAAAAAACAACAUAAAAUAAAAUAAAAUACAAACGAAGUAAGAAAAAAACGCUCAUACAGAUUAAACUUCAAACUCGCACUCGAAGCCAGCGCUCUUUGGCGCGUACAAAAAAAAACAAAACAGAAAACCAAGCACACAGAUUCACAGACAGACAAGAAAAAAGUUUGAACAAACAAGCCUAGGGGGCGGGAAAGCGAAAAAGAAACUGAUACUGUAGUUUUUCUUCAAAUGUGACGUGACCGUUUUGGGGCAGCAGUGCGUGUGCGUUUCGAUCGGGGAAGAGAGAAAAAAAAGCCAAAAACGGUAGAGCAGCGGAAGGCAGCAAGCUAAACAUGUGCCGCAGGGAACACGGACGGACACGGGGUGUCGUAUCUGGAUGAGCUAAACACCGUCAUUAACGAAGUAUAAAAAUCCUACCCAUAAAAAAAUAAAUACCGGAGCGAUCGCUUGCAAGUACCCACACUCACUCCCGUUAAUGCAAACCCGCUAAAACGAGUUAAACAAAAAAAGGCGAGGGCGAGCGAGAUCCCUUCCUGGAGGGAGCGCGAGCGAGUUAAACCGAACUAAACGAAGCAAAAACACAAGCUAACUAAAGUAUAAAAAAGAGAAAAACACCACCACGGGCGAAUGUGAAGCGGCGCAGCGCGUAAAAAACAAAGCACCAGCUCACUUAAACAAAGCGAGUUUGAUAACUAGUUAACUUGAUAAACAAAAGAGAACAUAAACGAACGAACAAAACAAUUACGCACGAUUCUCAUUAAAAAAAAUCCCCACUCAAAACCGUAGUAGGGAGCGGUACGUUUAGCGAGGUCUCUAGAACCAUGUAUGCCAUACAUUGAACCGACAUACCCUAAACACACCUAGACCUCCGUCUCGCUCUCACGCUCUCCUCUUUCUCUCUCUCUAUCUCUCUUUCUAUUUCACUGUACGAUUUACUCGAAACCAAAAAAAAAACAAAUCACCCCUGCACGAACUUUUCCGCAACAAUUGCAUCCCUGUUCGGGCAUAUAUAAAACCUGCUAAAAAUAAAUAAACAAACCAACAAAAAAAACCCCAACUAAUAUAAAAACAAAACGAACCAAUCGAACGGUCGAUAAACCAAACCAAACCAAACCAAAUCAAACCAAAAACAAACAAAACCGACUUAAAACCUACUAAACGUCACGUACUUACCUCUAAACGUCAAACCGAUCGCAACAGCCGCCUAGAGGCAGUAACAGCCGGCCCCGGCGCAACUGCGACCACUGCCUGCGGUGGUUUCGAGGUGUACGUGUCGCACUUACGGGCACGCUACGGCGACCGGCGGCACCAUCAACACCCGAACCGGUAUGGACCUGCUGUACGUCGUGACACUUCUGGUACUGCUGAUGCUGGCGAUCUCGCUGGCAUUGGCGGCAACAGCAACCACACUGUUGGCUGACGGGAUCCCUACGCGACCGACCUACCGAGCCGCCAUCUUUACCGUCGCCACCAUUAAACGCUCUACAGCGCUUGACGCCGUGAGUGCCGCGAGUCUGUCUGUGAGCAGUAACAUCGUCACUGUGCUCGUGGAAGCUGUCUGUGCCAUUGCGAUGGUUGUGGCAGCGCUGGCAGCACUGGUGCUACGUGGUUCUGGCACUGGUGCGCGGUUAUCGUCGUGUCUCGUGAUCGGAGAUGGCGCUAUACCAACCGUCAAGGGUGGAACCUUCGUCCGUAGUGGUAUGCACACUGCCACCGCUGUAGUACUGCGCUCUAUGAGACAGUUACUACCGCUUGUACUAGGAAUUGCCGCCAUGUUGCCUGUGAUUGACGCCGGGUAUCACGAGAAAAGGUUGCUGCAUCACCUGCUGGACAACUACAACGUGCUCGAACGACCCGUCGUCAACGAAUCGGAUCCGCUGCAGCUCAGCUUUGGGCUGACUUUGAUGCAAAUCAUCGACGUGGACGAGAAAAACCAGCUCCUCAUCACGAACAUUUGGCUCAAGUUGGAGUGGAACGACAUGAACGUCAGAUGGAACUCGUCCGAGUAUGGUGGAGUGCGCGAUCUGCGGAUACCACCGCAUCGGCUCUGGAAACCCGACGUCCUGAUGUACAACAGUGCCGACGAAGGGUUCGAUGGGACGUACCCGACUAACGUUGUCGUCCGCAACAACGGAUCCUGUCUGUACGUACCGCCGGGAAUUUUCAAGUCCACCUGCAAAAUCGACAUCACCUGGUUCCCGUUCGACGACCAGCGCUGCGAGAUGAAGUUCGGCUCGUGGACGUACGAUGGCUUUCAGCUCGAUCUACAACUGCAGGAUGAAUCCGGGGGCGACAUCAGCAGUUUCAUCACCAACGGCGAAUGGGAGCUUUUGGGCGUCCCGGGGAAGCGAAACGAGAUUUACUACAACUGCUGCCCGGAGCCGUACAUCGAUAUCACCUUCGCGAUACUCAUCCGACGCAAGACGCUGUACUACUUCUUUAACCUGAUCGUACCGUGCGUGCUGAUCGCUUCGAUGGCUCUACUGGGCUUCACGCUUCCACCCGACUCGGGUGAGAAACUGUCGCUGGGCGUUACGAUUCUGCUAUCACUCACAGUCUUCCUCAACAUGGUCGCCGAGACGAUGCCGGCUACAUCGGACGCAGUGCCUCUUCUAGGAACCUACUUCAAUUGUAUCAUGUUCAUGGUUGCCUCAUCGGUUGUGUCGACGAUUCUGAUCCUGAACUACCAUCAUCGCAACUCCGACACGCACGAGAUGUCCGAAUGGAUCCGUGUGGUGUUCCUCAUCUGGUUGCCGUUCAUCCUGAGGAUGAGUCGCCCAGGCGAACCGUAUCCCCAUCCGUGCAGACCGACGGUAGAUGAGAAAAACAAACAACUGCAGGAGGUUGAGAUGCGCGAACGCUCCUCGAAGUCACUGUUGGCGAAUGUACUCGACAUCGAUGACGACUUCCGGUGCAACCAUCGGUGUAACACGUUGCCGCACAACCCCACCUACUACCGGACGAUGUACCGCCAGGGCGAGGAUGGCAGCGUAGGUCCAAUUGGAGCCACGGACACAAUCGGACAGUACGAGCUGGCCCUGAUCCUGAAAGAGUUGCGCUACAUCACUGAUCAGCUGCGCAAGGAGGACGAGAGUGGCGAGAUCACGCGCGAAUGGAAGUUCGCCGCCAUGGUAGUCGAUCGUCUGUGCCUUAUCAUAUUCACGCUGUUCACGAUCAUCGCCACGCUGGCUGUCCUGUUCUCUGCUCCUCACUUCAUUGUUUCAUAA